CAUCGGCUCCACGGCCAGCGGGCUGUCGUCCAGGGAGCACAUGGUGAGCCUCAGCGUGCUUCUGGCCGUGCCCAUGCUCAUCCCGGCGGCCCUCAAGAUCCGCGAGAGCAUGAACAAGAUCUGGGAGGCCAAGCGCGAGAACAGGAUCCACGAUCUCGGCACCGACGACGCCGUGGUCGUCAUCGAGGUGAUGGACCUCGAGACCAAGGAGGAGGAGAUCGUCGUGGCGGAGGAGAAUCCACAGGAGGAGAUCGGAGGCCUCCAGCUGCUCAAGAAGCCGGACUUCUGGCUCUACUUCUUCAGCUACAUGUUCAGCGGCACCCUGGGCCUGGUCUUCCUCAACAAUCUGGGGCAGAUUGCCGAGUCGCGAGGUCUCGGCCAGACUUCCACUCUGGUCUCCCUGUCGUCUUCCUUCGGCUUCUUCGGUCGCCUCCUCCCGUCCUUCAUGGACUACUACUCUGCAAAAAGCGGGCACAGCAUAUCGCGGACGGGGUCCAUGGCGUCGCUGAUGGCGCCCAUGGCGUGCGCCUUCUUCCUGCUGCUCAACCCGGGCAGCGUCUUCCUGUACGCGAGCACGGCCAUCAUCGGCACCUGCACGGGGGCCAUCACGUCGGUGGCGGUGUCGGCGACGAGCGAGCUGUUCGGCGCCAAGAACUUCGGCGUCAACCACAACGUCCUCGUGUCCAACAUCCCCGUCGGCUCGCUCUGCUUCGGCUACUUCUCGGCGUUCCUGUACCAGAGGGAGGCCGGCGCGCGGGGCGCCGCCACCUGCGCCGGCGCCAGCUGCUACCAGGCCACCUUCGCCAUCUGGGGCGCCACCUGCGUCGUCGGCACGCUGCUCUGCGUCGUGCUCUACGUCCGGUCGCGCAGCUUCGCCGGCAGGCUGCCGGUGAGGUUACAGUGGCUGUCGCGCGUAGCUAACUUCCUAGGCGCCCGUCAGAAGGCUUGACCCUUGACGGCGGCGGCCAUGGCGGGUGAUUUGAUUAACUUAGGAGACACGAAGCAUCGGUCUGCCGCGAUGCGAUCGAUGUAGCUUUUUGUUUUCUUCUUUUUCAUGGCUUUUCUCUUCUUGACUGAUCGAUCCCACGGAGGGGAUGCGUACACAGAUCAAGCUGGACUGAGUAGAUAUUGUGCAGGUUGAUCAUCACCUUUUCGCUGCAGAUAUAUAUGCAUAUAAAGAGUGAUUGAGGAAAAGCAGAUUUUUCCUUUUUC